AUACACAAUUACACAGAAACUAAAUCACAAAAUUUUUUAUUACAUGCAGACAGAUCAUAGAACAUUCUUAAGUUUAAGACCAGGCGGUGGAAACAGGGGAAGAACAACAACUGGUUCUCAUAAUCCUUCUUUUCGUCCUCACGGCGGCGCCGGCGCUGGCACUUCUUCUCAUGCCGCCUUUCAGUUUGUUACUUUUUCUAAAACCCAUGUUGGAUAUGGGACUUAUAUUACGCUUAUAAAAGUUGUUUGGAUCAGCAAUUUCGAAAUAGAGAAUUGCUUUUUGAUUAUGCAUAAGCUCUUGUUUAGCCUAGUAAAUGCUCCUAUAAUGUGGAAUAACAAUGGUUCUCGAUUUGAGCUUCGUGAGCGUGUUCGUUACAGCAGCGACCAGCUGCUACAACUUAGGGAGUUUUUUACUGAAUGUUCUUGCAUUAUUGCUAACCAUCCUCUUGACUCUCUGUGUGCUUUUACUAUAAUGCUUCCCCUUUUGGUAAUAGGUUGUACCCCUGAGGAGAUACAGAGAGCUAGACAGGAAGUGGAAACUGAAUUCUUUGGGGAGACACGGAGCUGGACCAGAUCCUUGAGUACCACAGUUGUGCCAGUUCAGCCUCAGCCACGCUACGCUGAGCCUGAUACCCGCAACUGGCGGGAAAGAGCCCCUGCUCCAGUGGAGGAGAGAUCUUGGGAUGAUAGGAGAGGCUCUCGUGACUUUGUUCGUGUUGAUAGGCAAGAACCGAACUCACAGUUUGCCAGACAAGCCUUUUCUUACCAAGUGUCUGGACCUCCCCCUGCCCUUAUCAAAGCUAAGGUACCAUGGUUGGUUCAAAGGGGGACCCUCUCUGACAAGGAUCGUGUCUUGAAGACGGUAAAAGGUAUCCUGAACAAGUUGACUCCAGUAAAGUUUGAUCUCCUCAAAGGUCAACUCAUCGACUCUGGAAUCACUUCAGCUGAUAUUCUCAAGGGGGUUAUCUCGUUGAUAUUUGAUAAAGCUGUUCUUGAGCCCACGUUUUGUCCAAUGUAUGCUCAACUGUGUUCGGAUUUGAAUACUAAGCUCCCCCCAUUCCCAUCCGAAGAACCUAAGGAGGUUACAUUCAAGCGUGUGCUUUUAAAUAACUGCCAGGAGGUUUUGGAAAGUGCCGAUAAUUUGAGGGCCGAAAUUAGGCGGAUGACUUCUCUUGAGCAAGAGUCGGAGCGUAGAUAUAAAGAAAAAAUGAUUAAACUCCGCACCCUUGGAAACAUUCGUUUAAUUGGUGAGCUUUUGAAGCAGAAAAUGGUUCCCGAAAAGAUAGUUCAUCAUAUUGUUCAGGAGCUUUUAGGGACUGAUAGUAAAAGUUGCCCUGAGGAAGAAAACGUGGAGGCAAUAUGCCAUUUUUUUAGAACGAUAUACAAACAGCUUGAUGAGAGCCCUAAAUCAAGGAAAAUUAAUGAUCUUUACUUCAACCGAUUGAAAGACCUGGCAACGAACCAGCAACUAGCUCCACGCAUGAGGUUUAUGAUUCGUGAUGUUAUUGAUCUUAGAUCAAGUAAAUGAGGUUAAAGAUGGGAAGAGGUAUUCAUUUCUCUCAAUAGUGUUGGUUCAGAAUACAUUGUUUUGUCAAGAUGUUUAAUAAGGUUAUGGAUGGUAGGUUGUAAACGUUCCUGGGGAGAGAAGUGGAAACUGAAUUCUUUGGGAAACAAAGCUCAACCAAAUUUAAUUUGAUUUUUCUUUUAUGUUUAUGUUUUGUAAAUGCAUCAUUUAAGUCUGUUAAAAAAAAUUUACGUUUAAGAUAAAUUGUGUAGAGUCGAAGAUA